UAAUAAAAAAAACACAGAAAGAGUAAAGAGGGAAGUGAGAGGUAGAAGAAGAAGAAGAAGAAGAAGCCGUUUCUUUUGGGGGUUUUGUGUUUUCAACACUCCAAAACCCAAACCCUGCUUUUCACCUCACACCAAUUACGCCUUCAUCUAUACAUAUAUAUACACAGAUAUAUAGCGAGUUUGAGUCUCUGGUCUCCAUAGUCGCUUUUUGUAUCUUUAGCGAUUUUGGAUAAAGCAUGGCUCAUGGAGGCUACGCCAACCGCAGGGCCAAACCCGCGGGCCGUCGAUCCAAGUCUUUGGCCGCAGAGAAAAAGAAACCUAAGCCCGUCUCUCUCAAGAACCAGAUUCGCUCCGUUGAGCGCAUGCUUCGUAAGGAUCUUCCGGCCGAAGUUAGGGAAGCUCAGCAAAAGAAAUUAGAAGGGCUCAGAAAACAGCAGGAAAUUCAUUCCCGCCUUGCUAUUGAACGAAAAAUAUUCUUGAGGGAUAGGAAAAUAAAGUUUUUUGAGAGAAGAAAGAUAGAGAGAAGAAUCAGGCGUUUAGAGAAACUCCAACGUGCUUCAUCUGGUCAGGCACAAGAUGCUGAGCAGCUUUCUAAAUUGAAAGAAGAUCUUGAAUAUGUCCGGUUCUUUCCAAAGACUGAGAAAUACGUCGCUCUGUUUAUUGGAAGUGAUGAUGCAGAACUGAUUGGUAAAAGAAAUAGGCUGCGUGAGCUGAUUAAGGCCAAUUUAGUUGCUGCUGCAGCUAGUGGAAAGGAUUUAGAAGAAACGGGGAGCGAGGAUGAUGGACUAUUGGAUAUGAGUGAAGAUGAUUUCUUCCUAGCUGGAAGCUCUAGUGAUGAAGCAGAUGCAGAUGAUGAAUGGACAGAUAAAAGUACAAGGGAGCAGGCUUCUAGUGCUUCUGGAAAAGCAGCAUCUGCAUCGGGCAUGUCUAGUGAUGAAAGAAAGGCUUCUAGUGCUUCUGGAAAAGCAGCAUCUGCAUCUGGCGUGUCUAGCGAUGAAAGAAAUCAUCAGAGACAUAUCUCUGCAAGAGCCUUAAUGCCUCCUCCACGACCAUCGACUAAGUCUUUCUCAAACUCAGUUCGUGGCAAGUCAAAAUUUGCUCCUUCAUCAAGCAAAAAUUUCUCUACACAUAGAGGUGACGUGUCUACAUCCAGUGCUACUUCAAAUAGCCUAAGCGGUUCCUCCUUCAAGUCUAGGGGAUCCUCAAACUCUGGAACAACUCAGGGAAGUAAUUUAAGCUCCAACUCUGAUGCUCAUAAACCGCGAAGAAAGAGGAGGCCAAAGAAGAAAAAGCAGCAGGCAUGAUGAUACAACCAGAUGCUCAUUUUGUGAGACCAGAGAUCUUUAUGCCCAUUUUUAGAGAUCAAUUUUAACAAUUCACGUUGUCUUAAUUUAUUGGGUAACAAUCAGGAAUGUAUGGUUAUACUGCUCUUGUAAUAACUAUAAAAAAAUCGAAUUAUUUUCACCCCACAACGAGGCUUAUUGGGUAUAAGAAUUGAUCUGUAAUUAUGCAAGGUAUGGUUGAUCACGUUAGAACCCUACCCUGGGAUUAUUCUUAGUGCUGGUUACAGAUUACAUGUGAUAGAGAAUUAUAAUUUUGAAGGAAUUUUUCGGUGUUUAGUGCAAGUAUGAAGUAUGAUGAUAUUUUGUGUAAUAUAUUAUAUUCAAAGAGUACAAAUUUAUUUUCAUCUCA